GGCACCCGGAUCGAUGUAGUUCCGCGUCUGAUGGCGAAGGCGCAGGCGCAGGGCAACGCCUUCUUCGCCCAGCAGAAGUUCGAGGAGGCCAACCGCUGCUACGCGCAAGCGCUGGCUCAGCUGAAGGAAGCUGACAAGGAGCAGGCGGCGACGCUGCGCGCAAACCGCUCGUUGUGCUUCUUGCAGCUCAGCAAUGGCGAGUUCGCUUUGUCGGAGGCCGAGCAGUGCAAGGCACUGCGGCCGGACUGGCCCAAGGCCCACUUCCGCACUGCGGCGGCCCUGAAGGCUUGCGGGCGCCUGGGCGAAGCCAGGCUGGCUGCGUGCCAGGCGCUGCGGCUGGCGCCCAUGGACGCUGCCGUGAAGGCGCUUCUCCAGGACCUGCGCCAGCAGCUGUUCCCGGCUCUGGGAGCCCUGGGCGAGGCGCUGGACCUCUUGGAGGACUUUACCCGGAGCCCUGCAGAGGUCCGAAAGGCAGUGCAGGUGGUCAAAGAUAUGCUCCUGGGCGGGGCAACGCAAGACGUCCUCAAGGCAUUCAUGGACUCCGAAGGAUCAAAGACCAUCUUUCGACGUCAGAAUGCCAUGGGCGACAACUGGCAAGAGGAG